CAGACAAACAUCCUUGGAGAUGAAUGUUGUGUAAACUCUUGAUAGUUUGUUCCUGCGGUGCUCAUCAUGUGCUGCAGUUAGCUUUACCAGCUACAGACACUGCUAACACAGCUGACAGGGGAGAAUAUCAACCAAAAAGGAGAGGAAAGACAUGUCAGCUUCGCUCUUUAAAACUCAGCUGCGAUGGCCAAGCUCAAAGGCUUUGAGUUCUGGAAGAAGACCCUGAAAGAAGCACGCUUCGUGGUGGCCCCCAUGGUGGACCAGAGCGAGCUGGCCUGGCGCCUGCUGAGCCGGCGGCACGGCGCUCAGCUCUGCUACACCCCCAUGCUGCACGCUCAGGUGUUUGUCCGUGACGCCAACUAUAGGAGAGAAAACCUCUACAGCGAGGUGUGUGAGGAGGACAGACCUCUGAUCACACAGUUUUGUGCCAAUGAUCCAGAGGUGUUCGUUCAGGCAGCUCUGCUGGCUCAGAACUACUGCGACGCCAUCGACCUCAACCUGGGCUGUCCGCAGAUGAUCGCUAAGAGAGGUCACUAUGGAGUGUUCCUGCAAGACGAGUGGGAGCUGUUAGAGAAAAUGGUCAGGUUAGCCAAUGAAAAGCUGUCCGUGCCCAUCACAUGCAAGAUCCGUGUGUUCAAGGAGAUGGACAAGACGGUCCGAUAUGCUCAGAUGCUGGAGAAUGCUGGCUGUCAGCUGCUGACGGUGCACGGCCGAACCAAAGAUCAGAAAGGCGCCAUGACAGGUGUCGCUAACUGGGAACACAUCAUGGCAGUACGGAAGGCGGUCAAUAUCCCAGUGUUUGCAAACGGCAACAUUCAGUACCUGAGUGAUGUGGAGCGCUGCAUUCAGGAGACAGGAGUACAGGGAGUCAUGAGUGCAGAGGGUAACCUCCACAACCCAGCACUGUUUGAAGGAUGCAGCCCCCCAGUGUGGGAGAUGGCGGAGGAAUAUCUGGAGGUGGUGAGGCAGCAUCCUCCCUGCACUCUGUCCUACGUACGAGCCCACCUCUUCAAGCUCUGGCACCACACGCUACAGAUCCACCAGGACCUGAGAGAAGAGUUAGCCAAGGUGAAGACCCUCGAGGGUUUGGCCGGUGUCAGCAAACAGCUGAGGCUGCGUUGCCAGGAGGAGAUAGCCAAAGAAAAGGAUGUGGAAGAGAAGGACAGCGGCCUGCCGUUCCCCCACUGGAUCUGCCAGCCGUACGUCAGACCAGUGCCAAAGGAGCCCGUAGCCAAUGGUAACAGCCAGGGUUCAGAUGUGAAGAAGAACGUGUCUCAGAAGAGAGCGUUGGAGGACUCGGACGGAACCACUGACACACUCUCCAAAAACAAGCAGAAGAAGAGAUCGCGAAACCCCAACAAGAACUUCUGUCCCGAGCAGAAACCCAAGUAUAUCAAGUGUGAGCAAUGUGGGAACCCAAAGGGAAAUAAAUGUGUCUUCAACCUGUGUCGAGGCUGCUGUAAGAAGAAGGCUUACAAGGAGGUGGCAGACUGCCCGAGUCAUGGACUGAGAUUCAAGACCAAGGCAGACAAACAGAAAGCUGAGGAGGACGGGACGAAGGAGGACGGGACGAAGGAGGACGGGACGAAGGAGGGCUCAGCAACAGAGACAGAGAGAGACAGCAGCUCUCCUCAGCCCCCCACAGAUCCUGGUACAGAGCUGCAGGUGCAGUCUGAGACACAGCCAUCACUAUGAACAGGACACAGGACGUCUCUACACGGACAAACACGUCCCACUCCCACUGCUGAUUAGAUUUACAGGUUUACACCCAGGAAACAUGUUGUCCAAACUGUGUUGUUGGAGGAGAUGCAGUUAAUGAAACUUCAGGUAACGGUGAGUGUACACAGCUGCUCAGAAGAAAUCUCUGGAUGGACACUGAUCAGCAGACCAAAACCAUUAAACUAUUUUUAUGUAUGAUGUGGAUUUUAGCGAGGGGUUUUCGUUUUCUAUAAUUUUUUGGGGGGUUGGACAGUUGGGAAGUGUUUUUCUACUCAUGCUGUCAUCCUUUAUUUUGUAGAUUAUGAUUUUAUGAGAGGUUUGUUUUAGCCAAAUGUGUUACUGAGCCACCAAAGUUAAAAGAUUCAGUAAAAAUACUUAGAGGUUUAAUUUCUUUGAUUUAAGGGCCUGAAUCUGUUGCAUUUUCAACUCAUGUUGACCUGUAUGUGCCUUUUUAAUGAGAAGUACCACUGCCUAUCCAGCUGAGCUGCAGGUCUAACUGACUACAGCGUGUUUAAGGUGCUAUCUGUAUUUUUGUGCAUGCAGUGUCAAGACAAACACAGAUUUUUUUUUUAACCGAGCUGGAUAAGAAACUGCAUAUCACAAUAAUUUAUGUUAGUGUUUAGUCUAGCUUAGCACAAAGGCUAGGCAUUAUUCUAGCUUUAUUUAAAGUUAAAAAAGAAGCAGACAUGUUAAAAAGCCACUUCUGAUCGAGUCUGGCUGCUUCCUGUGAUUCUAGACUUUGUGCUAAGCUAGCACAAACAGGCAAUGCUGUCAAUCCUCGUCAAAUUUAUCUGUGACAUUAAAUAUUUAUGACAAAAUCA